UUAUGUUUUAUUUGAGGAGUAAUUUUAUUACUUUUUAUCGAUUCGCAACUUAGCCUAAAAUGUAUCUAUAAUAUUCUAUUUUAGAGCAUUCAUCUCUCAAGAACAAUUCUUAGGAGAAAUUGGUUAUAUUUUACACUAAGUUGAAUAAUCAUUCAAUAAACUUAAGGAAUAUGAAAAUAGAAUUCAUAUUAAAUCAGAUACUCUAUCAUUAUGUGUAGCUGUCAAAGAUUUAGGCGAAUAUAAUUUUACAACUAAUGUCAAGGAAAGAAGAUUAUAUUUAUAAACACCAUUUAAUCUGUUCUAAUAUUAUUAUGAUGAAUAAACACAAUAAUGGAGGAAUGUUAAAGAUUAACAUAAUAUGAUUGAAAAUUUAACAAGAGAUACAGGAAAAUACUUAAAAGGGUACUUAGAAUUUUGAUGAAUUCAUUCUAAAUUUAUUAAAC